AUGAACACGCAAGAGAGCCCGUUUCGCGAUCUCGAUCUAUUUUGUGACUGGACGGGAGAACUUGCGGAUCCCGUGCUGGUGCGACUGUGCCUCGAGGUAAGGGCGGCGCAUGGACUUCCUCAGCACGCGUUAAAUGCCUUGAAUGGAUUGCUGAUUUGGCAAAAACAUUAUGACCAGGCUGAAUGCGGGCCUUUGUUCGAAUCCGUCGUCCUCGACGCGCGAUCUUCUCACUUCGUUGGCAUCGACGACUUCAGUAUCGAACCUAGCAAACCAACAUUGGGGAGCGUUCUGAUUGACGACACUUUGGUACCGCUCGAUGAUCACUCUCUUCAUGAAAAUGCGUCGAUAGUCGAUCCUUGCUCGUUCACGCCGGAAGCCACUCAUCGGACUAUCGACGGUAUUCAGUCCCCGAAGCACAGCGUAUCAGAAUUCAAUGAUAAUGGGUCAGAGAAACCGGCUGUCACCGACAUAGUGCUCCGGCACCUGUUUGGAGAUAGUGUCCCGUCAGAGAACAUAUCCGAUCUCACAUUACCUGAUUCUCCUAACUCGCGCAAACGGUCUGCAAGAGCUGCAUCUCUCCCAGACUCUGUAACGGACUCGGAAAGAUACAGCAACAGCUUCAGUCGAGGUAUCAGACAGCACAAGUCUGUGUAUUCUGCCUCUGGUUGUCCCACGCCACCCCAGGCCAGGGUAACUCCAAGCCGGAUUCCGCGUCCUGUCAGUGUUCAUCUACCUACCAAUGUCCUGCCCGAUCUCAUCAAAACCCCUUCGUCGGAUAAGGAGAAUGUCCAGCCACCUAAGCUAUCUAUGAUUCUAUCGAAGCGCCAGGCGACUUGGAUGCGAGAAGCCGUCAAGAAAGAUCCCUCUGAUAGAAUUGACAUCGCUUCUGUCACCGCAUCUCGUGGCAAUUCAUGGGAGGAUGGAAAUAGUCGAUGCCCGUCAAGCAAUUCCGGAGACAGGAUUUUUUGUGAGCCACAAUUGACGCCUCCAUACCGCGAAAUUCCCUCUGUGGCCCCGGUGGACAAACCCUUCCUCUAUAUGCACGACAGCGUUUUCCACAUUCGAUGCUCCGCUGGGGUCCCAUCUGGCAAAUAUAAGGUCACCAUCUCCUUCUAUCUGAGACUAGCAAACGGAUCAACUAGAGGUUGGCGCGAGCUCGUCGUUCCAGGUCUACCUCGUCUGCACAAUGACGACUGUGGGUAUCUCUAUUUCUGGACACCUCCUUCCCAGGGCAUGGAGUUCCGUACAAGCCAGCUGAAGAGAUACACCGUCAGUGAAAGCUGUCUCAUGGGUCAAUUUGAUAUUACCCCCACCAUUGCUAUUCCUUUGCGACCUUGCGAUGGGAAAUUCUAUGGCUGGCUGAAGGACUUCCAGGUCAAGCAGAGUAUUCGGUCAGAUAUUAUCAUCAUUGAUCCUGAGACCGGAACGGAUCUUGUCAAAUACUACGCAAUCUGCUCAAUCAAUCUGGUCCAGCGUGACUUCUGGGCAGAAGAGUGUGGCCUUACCCUUUUCAUUGACGGGGGACCUGAAGGGGCAUUUUCUGGUCACCUCGGCGAACCCUUGGACAAGUUCCAGUUGAUCAAUCUCGAAGCACCUAACCCUCGGGUUGGUGUCUCUGAGCUGCAACUUACAUGCUGCCCUUCAAACCUGGGCAUGUUUGUCGUCAGCUGGGAGAUCAGAAUGCCGCAUAAGAGGUUCUCGAGUUGGGUACCUCGUAUUAGCGGGACAAGAGAUCCUGAUGUCCUGCUGCAGGAGCUCCAGGAUGACUUCGUUGACGCCGAGGAAAGAGAGUCGUUACAGAUUGUACAGCUCAUGCCCUCGAUAUCGCACUUUGGGCGCCGGGAGUCAGUCCAGAUGAAGCAAUCGCCAACGCUACUGCAAAUGGCGUGGAAUUUUCGGCACCUGCUUUUGCUAUGUCCCUUUCUGACGGUCAUUACUGCGGGUCUCUAUCUUGCUUCCCAGAGUAUUUCUUGCGCCUGCACAUUCAGCCUUACCGGAAGCGGAUUUGAAGCGACAUUGCCAGCCAUUGAUCCGCCCGAGAUAGUAGAGGAAUACUCAGCGCCUGCGGUCGAAGGAGGAGUUGUGCUUGUUACUUCUGCUGUUUCUGCCCAUUUGCCGCUUCGCGAUCGGUUUGACUAUCUUUUAGGGUGGAGGGGUCCUAUUCAUCAAGAAUGA